GUCAAGACUCUGAAUACUUCUCACUUCUCAAUCACCCAGUCCUCAUCACCACCAACACCCUCGCAAGAUUCAAAAUUGAUUCACUCAUCUGUGACAUCCUUUCAUCUUUCAUGUUCUACAUAUUCUUGCCUAUACAUAUGCAUAACAUCGCUUUCUACUGAUAUCGCUAUUCCCUUGACUCGCCACGCCGCCCUAGAUCUCUCACCACACCACCGUAGAUUCUAAGUUUUCGAACUUCCCGAUUUUCUUUGUUCAUAUUUUACAUAUUCUAGACUUGCUAAACCAAAAUGAGCUCGACCGCGCCGCCCUGGCGCGUUUCAUCAACUACCACGACUACCAACUAUCCCGGACCAGCAUACAUACCUGUACAGGCUCGACGUACUCUUGCUCCUCAAAGUGAUCACAAUUCUACCGCGGCAAUGCCGAAAUCAGAAACAUCCCCUGCGGAGCCGGUCCAAGAUCGCCAGCGUGUAGCAUUCCCUCCAUCGGUACGCUUCUAUGUACAGCGCAGUUUCAUCCACGAAAACCAAAUCCCGGGUAUUGAGCGACCAGACAUAGAAAAGAAGUUAAAGCAAGUUAUCACCGACGCAGCCGAAAGCAACAGUCUUGAAAGCAUUAACUGGGACUCUUUGCCUUUACCUCAGGUCAUGAUUCAGAAUGAGCGCAAUAUGGUCCUGACAAACCCCAUGGUCUCGACUCCGUGGGGUGUUGCGGCCAAUGUGGCAGCGAUGAAGUCUGGUCUCGCACAGGAGGAACGGUCUAGAAAACGAAAAUCCAACGAAUUCCAGCAGGACGAGGCGGGCGACUCCCCGCCGUGGAGGAAAACUAACAACCGGAACCAACUGGAUGGCCGAAUCACGUAUCCCCCCACUGACAAGCGGCAACGCAUAGAUUUCAACAGUCCCUCUUCAAGUAAGUCCAAGGCCAGUCUGGAGCUCCGGAAGAAACGGUUUGGGGAUCGUGCUGGCUAUCAAGGAUCGCCUCGGUCUGAAUCCCCCCCUCCCAGUGCCAUGCAGGGACCGAUAAUUGGACGAUGCCAGGAAUUGGAGAAGAGGUAUUUCCGAUUGACAUCUGCGCCUAAUCCGGACGUUGUUCGUCCUCUGCCUGUUCUUACAAAGACAUUGGAUCUCUUGAAGAAGAAGUGGCGCAAAGAGAACAAUUACGGGUACAUCUGCGAUCAGUUCAAGUCGCUUCGGCAAGACUUGACGGUGCAGCGUAUCCGGAAUGAGUUCACGGUAAAUGUGUAUGAGAUCCAUGCUCGGAUUGCGCUAGAGAAGGGAGAUCUUGGUGAGUAUAAUCAAUGCCAGACGCAGCUACGGGCAUUGUAUGCACAGAAGCUCGGCGGGCAUCCCAUGGAGUUUAUGGCCUAUCGUAUCCUAUAUUUCAUUUAUACACGCAAUCAGACGGCUAUCAACGACGCGUUGGCAGAUCUAACCCCAGCAGAUAAAUCGGACCAUGCGGUCAAACAUGCGUUGGAUGUUCGAUCGGCUUUGGCCCUCGGUAACUACCAUCGUUUCUUCCAGCUUUACCUCGACACGCCUAAUAUGGGAGCAUAUCUCAUGGACAUGUUUGUCGAUCGCGAACGGCUGUCAGCACUGGCCUGCAUAUGUAAAACAUAUAAACCUGACGUAAAAAUUCGAUUCAUCACGGAAGAGCUAGGCUUCGAGUCGGACGAACAGAGUGCGCGAUUUGUUCUUGAACACGCCUCUGGAGAGCUGCUCGAAGAACGAGACGGCCAUGUGCGACUCCUGACGGGCAAAGCGGGCCGUAUCUUCGAAGACGCCAGGGCACAAGCUUACAGACUAGUCGAUAUCAAAGGCCAAAUUUGAGGCGGCUGUUGUGGCGUCUGUCUAACUUAUGUAUCUUCGUACCCGCCACCACGGUCAGUUGACAAGGUUGCAUUUAUGAUUUUCUCUUUCUGGUCGUUUUGUUGGCGAUUUCAAUACCCCUUGCUGCAUUUUUGGCGUCUGAUCGAUCGGCACGUAGGUUGCACAGUCUUGGUGGUUUACUUUAGAUGAUACAAUCAAUAAUCUUAUCUUUUAAUUCUCUCGUUACGGCUUAUAGUGGAGGAUUCCCCUACGUCAAUUGAUGGAAAGCUCGGUCUCAUGUUAUGCCGUUCCGGCCAAGGGCUACUCCAGGCUUUCCAUACCUCUCUAGUUAGUUUAGUUUUUACGCAACACAGAAU